GAAGCUAAAGAGAAAAAAAUAUUAUCACUGUGUCCAAACACUCCUUAUAGGCUCCAGCCUAAAACCCUCUUCCCUCCAUCUCUUCAAAAACCACCACUCUUUGGAGGGAGAUAUCAUCUCACAAAACCGCCGCCGGAUAACCACCACCGCUGCAUCCAUGGCGUCUUCCGUCAAUCGUCCUACCGAUCUUGAAUUGGCUCAGGUAGCGGCCAUCCUCGGUUCCGACAACUCACAAUUCGAAACCCUAAUCUCCCACCUCAUGUCCGCCGCCAACGACCAGCGUUCACAAGCCGAAACCCUAUUCAACAUAUGCAAACAGAAUCAUCCAGAUACCCUCGUCCUUAAGCUUUCUCAACUCCUCCAUUCUUCACCUCAUGCCGAAGCUCGUGCUAUGUCUGCCGUUCUUUUGCGCCGCAUCCUCACCAUCGCUUCCGAUGAGUCUCAAUCGCAAACUCUGUACCCUUCUCUUUCGCCUACCACCCAAUUAACCCUGAAAUCAACCUUGCUUGAGUCCGUUACUAGAGAAUCAUCUAAAUCUAUAUCCAAAAAGCUAUGUGACACUGUUUCCGAGCUUGCAUCGUUGGUUUUGCCUGAAAAUGGAUGGCCGGAGCUUUUACCUUUCAUGUUUCAGUGUGUUACAUCUGGAAAUCUUAGGCAUAGAGAGAGUGCUUUGUUGAUUUUUGCACAAUUAGCUCAAUACAUUGGAGAUACACUUGUGCCUUAUCUAGACACUUUACAUGCUGUUUUUCUAGGAUGUUUAGGUACAGGGACAGAUCCCGAUGUAAGAAUUGCAGCCUUAAGUGCUUCAAUCAAUUUCAUUCAGGCUCUAGAGGAAGCCUCAGAUAGGGACAAACUCCAUGAUUUGUUGCCUUUAAUGAUGCAAACAUUAACAGAAGCAUUGAACUCAGGGGAGGAGUCCACUGCACAGGAGGCUAUAGAGUUGCUAAUUGAAUUAGCAGGUACAGAACCCAGGUUUUUAAGGAAACAAAUAGCCGAAGUUGUGGGUGCAAUGUUGCAAAUUGCAGAGGCUGAAACUCUAGAAGAGGGAACUAAGCAUUUGGCAGUUGAGUUUGUGAUUACUUUGGCUGAAGCUAGGGAGAGGGCACCAGGGAUGAUUAGGAAGUUGCCACAGUUCAUUAAGAGAUUGUUUGAGAUACUGAUGAAGAUGCUAUUGGAUGUUGAAGAUGACCCUGCUUGGCAUAGCGCUGAGGUUGAACAUGAGGAUGCAGGGGAGUCUAGCAAUUACAGCGUUGGUCAAGAAUGCUUGGAUAGACUUUCAAUGUCUUUGGGUGGAAAUACCAUUGUUCCUGUUGUCUCUGAGAUUUUGCCAGCUUAUUUAGCUGCUCCAGAGUGGCAGAAACACCACGCUGCACUCAUUGCAUUAGCUCAAAUCGCAGAAGGGUGUUCAAAGGUCAUGACAAAGACCUUAGAGCAAGUUGUGUCAAUGGUGUUGAACUCAUUUCAAGAUCCUCACCCUCGUGUUAGAUGGGCAGCCAUCAAUGCAAUUGGUCAACUGUCAACAGACUUGGGCCCAGACUUGCAAAACCAAUAUCAUCAUCUUGUUCUUCCAGCACUAGCUUCAGCAAUGGAUGAUUUCCAUAAUCCACGAGUUCAGGCACAUGCUGCUUCAGCAGUUCUCAACUUCAGUGAAAAUUGUACAUCAGAGCUUCUACAACCUUACUUAGAUGGGAUUGUGGGGAAAUUACUUGUACUUUUACAGAAUCCAAAGCAAAUGGUGCAAGAGGGAGCUUUGACUGCUUUGGCAUCUGUUGCUGACUCAUCUCAGGAGCAUUUUCAAAAGUAUUAUGAUGCAGUUAUGCCAUACUUGAAAGCUAUACUCAUGAAUGCAACUGAUAAAGCUAAUCGUAUGCUUCGUGCCAAAUCCAUGGAGUGUAUUAGUUUGGUUGGAAUGGCUGUUGGAAAAGAUAAGUUCAAAGAUGAUGCUAAACAGGUUAUGGAUGUCCUUAUGUCACUUCAAGGUUCCCAAUUGGAGACAGAUGAUCCAACAAUAAGCUACAUGUUACAAGCAUGGGCAAGACUCUGCAAGUGUCUAGGGCAAGAUUUUCUCCCUUACAUGAAUGUUGUGAUGCCACCAUUGCUUCAUUCUGCUCAACUUAAACCAGAUGUUACAAUUACUUCUGCUGAUGAUUCAGAUGAUGAUAUUGAUGAGUCUGAUGAUGAAAGCAUUGAGACUAUUACACUUGGAGAUAAGAGAAUAGGGAUCAAAACUAGUGUUCUUGAGGAGAAAGCUACAGCAUGCAACAUGCUAUGUUGCUAUGCUGAUGAAUUAAAAGAAGGGUUUUUCCCAUGGAUUGAUCAGGUUGCACCAACAUUAGUACCACUUCUUAAAUUCUAUUUCCAUGAGGAAGUUAGGAAGGCUGCAGUUUCAGCUAUGCCUGAGCUUAUUCGAUCAGCAAAACUAGCUGUUGAAAAGGGGCAAUCUCAGGGUCGCAAUGAGUCAUAUGUAAAACAGCUGUCAGACUAUAUCAUACCAGCUUUAGUAGAGGCUCUUCACAAGGAACCUGAGACUGAGAUUUGCUCGAGUAUGAUUGAUUCAAUCAAGGAGUGUGUACAAAUCUGUGGGCCCCUUUUAGAUGAAAAUCAAGUUAGAAGCAUUGUUGAAGAGAUCAAACAGGUGAUCACCGCCAGCUCAGCAAGAAGAAAUGAAAGGGGUGAAAGAGUCAAAGCAGAGGACUUUGAUGCAGAAGAAGGGGAAAUGUUGAAAGAAGAAAACGAGCAAGAGGAAGAACUUUUUGAUCAAAUUGGUGAUUGUUUGGGUACUCUACUCAAGACUUUCAAGGCCCCAUUUCUGCCUCUUUUUGAUGAACUUUUGCCUUACUUGAUGCCAUUCUGGGGCAAGGAUAGGACCUCAGAGGAGAAGAGAAUAGCUAUUUGCAUAUUUGAUGACGUGGCAGAGCAUUGUGGAGAUGCAGCUCUAAAAUAUUAUGAAGCUUUUCUACCAUUGGUGUUGGAGGCAUGCAAUGACACAAGCACAGAUGUUCGCCAGGCUGCAGUUUAUGGUGUUGGAAUUUGUGCAGAGUUUGGUGGAGCUGCAUUCAGACCUUUUGUUAAUGAGGCUCUUUCAAGAUUAGAUGGUGUGAUAAGAAGGCCAGAUGCAUUACAUGCAGAUAAUGUAAUGGCAUAUGACAAUGCAGUUUCAGCUCUUGGCAAAAUAUGCCAAUUCCAUCGUGAUUCCAUCAAUGCUGCUCAGAUUGUUCCAGCAUGGCUAAACUGCUUGCCACUAAAAGGCGAUUUAAUCGAGGCGAAAGUGGUCCACAAUCAGCUUUGCUCAAUGGUGGAAAGGUCUGAUGGGGAAUUAUUAGGCCUUAACCAUCAGUAUCUUCCGAAAAUAGUCUCCGUCUUUGCAGAUGUUUUAUCUGCUGGGAAAGAUUUGGCAUCUGAAGAAACGGUUGGGCGAAUGAUUAAUCUGUUAAGAACACUUCCACCUUCUGCUUUGGCUUCAACUUUUUCGUCUUUACAACCUCAACAACAGCUUGCUCUUCAAUCUGUUCUUUCAUCUUAAGUCUUAAAUAAAAGGUUUUUGUAUGAUUUUGGUAAGUGUGCAUUAUUUGUUUUUUUUUUUUAUUUAUGAUUCAUUUUUGCAUGCAUUUGGUGUUGAAAGUGAGAGAAAUAGGUCUAGGGAAUGAAUUUUGCAUAUAUCGAUACUACAAUCGUUUUUGUUUAUUUUGUCAUGAGAGAGAUAAAAGUUUUGUAUUGGUUUUGCAUAUUGAGAUUGAGAUUGUGACUUAUAUUUAAGGAUUUUGAAAUUUUGUGGUUGUUGGUGAAUUUUGGUGGUUUUAUAUUGUUUUGAUCGUUGAUGUGAUGUUGCCC